AUGGCAAGGAGUAGCAAGUCAGCAGCGAGGACCCUGGAGGAUUUGACGCUAGACUCGGGUUAUGGUGGAGCCGCGGACUCCUUCAGGUCUUCCAGUGCGUCGCUGUGCUGCUCAGAGGCACAUGGGGCGAAUUACUGGCAUUUAACCGACUCGAUGCACAGUCGACACAACAGUCUGGACACUGUCAACACCGUCCUGGUCGAAGACGCUGAGAUCCUGGAGUGCACCGGGCAGUGCGCUAAACUACCCGAGCUUGAGGAUGUGCCGUGGAGCCUCGGGGAAGUGGCGAGCGCACUGUGCAGGGACGAGGAGAUGAGCCUGCCGACCCCGCCGCAGGACGUCCUGCACCGGCUCUCGUUGCUGGUCAGCCGGGCCCUGGUCAGGGUCGCCAGGGAGGCGCAGCGCCUGAGUUUGCGCUACGCCAAAUGCACCAAAUAUGAGAUUCAAAGUGCCAUAAAGAUCGUUAUGUCGUGGACCGUGUCAGCGAACUGCAUCACCGCGGCCCUCGGUGCGUUGUCUCUGUACAACAUGAGCACCGAGGAUAAGUUCAGCCGCGGCAAGUCGGUGCGCUGCGGACUCGUCUUCAACGUGGGGAAGUUCUUCAGGUGGAUGGUCGACAGCAGGGUCGCGGUCCGGAUCCACGAGCACGCAGCCAUCUACCUGUCCGCGUGCAUGGAGAGCCUGUUCCGGGAGGUGUACGCGCGCGUGCUGCGCAGUGCGCUGGUGGAGAAAGAUAACGGGAUCCCCAAGUUCACUGUGGAGUCCCUGGAGCAGGCCGUCAGUAAUGAUGCGGAGGUAUGGGGCUUUCUCCAGCCCUGCCAGCACCUCAUCUGUGGAAAGAAUGCAAGCGGUGUGCUGAGCCUUCCAGAGAGCCUGACCCUUCACAGGGACCAGCAGCAGCGGCCAGGGAAGGGUGCAGAGGGAAAUGCCUACAGUCAGUCUGAGCUGCGCUCCAUUGAGCAGUGCUUACUGGCCACACGAGUGGGCAGCAUCUCUGAACUCAGUGACCUGGUGUCCCGGGCCAUGCACUACCUUCAGCCGCUGCAUUUGAAGAACCACAACAACGGGACGCCGAUCCACCAGAAGAGCCGUGCGAUCCACUGGGUGCCUGAGGCGAUCUACACACUGUGCUACUUCAUGCACUGCCCUCAGAUUGAGUGGGAGAACCCCAAUGUUGAGCCGUCCAAGGUCACCUUACACACCGAGAGGCCGUUCAUGGUGCUGCCGCCUCUCAUGGAGUGGAUUCGAGUGGCAAUAGGCCACACUGAGCACAGACGCAGCUUCUCUGUAGACAGUGACGACGUUCGGCAGGCUGCCAGGCUGUUGCUGCCGGGAGUCGACUGUGAACCGCGCCAACUUAGAACGGACGAUUGUUUCUGCGCUGCUCGUAAACUGGACGCUCCCUCUACUGAAGCAAAGUUCCUUCAGGAUCUGGGCUUUCGAAUGCUCAACUGUGGACGCACAGACCUGGUGAAGCAGGCGGUCAACCUGCUAGGCCCGGAUGGCAUCAACAGCAUGAGCGAGCAGGGAAUGACCCCGCUGAUGUACGCUUGCGCCCGCGGAGACGAGGCCAUGGUGCAGAUGCUGCUGGAUGCCGGAGCCGACAUCAACAGCGAGGUGCCAAACUCAGUGCAUAAGCACCCCUCAGUCUAUCCCGAAACGCGGCAGGCGACGCCACUCACUUUCGCUGUGUUACACGGACAUGUGCCUGUGGUGCAGCUGCUGCUGGAUGCUGGAGCCAACGUGGAGGGGUCCCUGCAGGACGGGAUGGAAAACUACACAGAGACCCCGCUGCAGCUGGCCGCUGCUGCAGGUAACUUUGAACUAGUGAGUUUGCUGCUGGAGAGGGGGGCAGACCCCAUGGUGGGAACUAUGUACCGCAAUGGCAUCUCCACGGCCCCCCAGGGAGACAUGAACUCCUACAGCCUGGCAGCGGCACACGGACACAGAAAUGUGUUUCGUAAGCUGCUGUCCCAGACGGAGAAGGGAAAGGGGGAUGUCUUGUCCCUGGAAGAGAUUCUGGCUGAAGGUUCGGAGCUGGAAGGGAGGAGUCCUUCUCAGAUUGACCAGAUUCGAACUGGGAAGGCCAAACUCAAGGCCCUAAAGGAGGCCAUGUACCACAGUGCAGAACACGGCCAUGUGGACAUCACCAUCGAUAUUCGCAGCCUUGGUGUCCCGUGGACUCUACACACCUGGCUGGAGUCCCUGCGCACGUGUUUCCAGCAGCACCGUCGGCCGCUGAUCCAGGGCCUGCUGAAGGAGUUCAGCUGCAUUGAGGAAGAGGAGUACACCGAAGAGCUCAUCACGCACGGCCUGCCUCUCAUGUUCCAGAUCCUCAGAGCGAGCAAGAAUGAGGUGAUCAGCCAGCAGCUGGCUGUGAUCUUCACCCAGUGCUACGGCCCUUACCCCAUCCCCAAACUGACAGAGAUCAAGAAGAAACAGUCGUCACGCCUGGAUCCUCACUUCCUGAACAAUAAAGAGAUGUCAGACGUGACCUUUCUGGUGGAGGGGAAGCCUUUUUAUGCCCACAAGGUCCUGCUCUUCACUGCUUCCAAUAGGUUCAAGUUGCUUCUAGCAAACAGGCCCACCGGAGAAAACACAUGCAUUGAAAUCAGCCACGUCAAAUACCACAUUUUUCAGCUGGUGAUGCAGUACCUCUACUACGGAGGAACGGACGCUCUGCACAUCAGGAACACUGAUAUUAUGGAGCUUCUGUCCGCAGCCAAGUUCUUCCAGCUGGAGGCGCUGCAGAGACACUGUGAGAUUAUCUGCUCCAAGAACAUCAACACGGACACAUGUGUAGAGAUCUACAAUCACACCAAGUUCCUCGAUGCUCCAGACCUGGCGUCCUACAUAGAGGGCUACUUCCUGAAGAACAUGGUGAUCCUGAUCGAGCUGGAGCCGUUCAAACAGCUGCUGUACGACGCGCCGCCGGACAGCCCCAGCUGUGACAUCCUGCAGGACCUGGAGAAGACGCUGGCCAUCCGCAUCCAGUCCAUCCACCUGUCCUCCUCCAAGGGAUCCAUCGUCUGAGCUCCUGGAUCAGGCCCGACCAGAGAAACGACACUGCACUGACGUGUAUCCGCGGGGUCAGACCGUCUCUGCAGGGGCUACAUCGUCGUAGAGCGACAGAAAUCAGACUCAAAGACUGUCCCAUUGCGAUAUGUGUCCCUGUGAAGCUCAUCAAUUGCUAAUACGCGCCCUGUUAUCUUAGCACAGAUAGUUACAAGUCUGUCUGUCUGCUUGUUGAUAUCCGUCUGCUACGCAUUAAGUUAGAUCGACUGUCAUAGGGUAAAUGUUUAUGCUCAAAAUUUGCCAAUAACAUUCAUUGAUGUGAUGAUGUCCUUCACUGAGCGAGAAUUUCUCAGCAAAGUAUUACACAACCGGAGCUGGGGAACUGAACGGAUCAAACGGGACUGCUGACCGGGAAGAGCAGAAACAAAACGGCGGCAGUCGGGGUGUUUCAGUGCUUGGUUUGAUGUUUUGAGAGGAAGCACAGCCUCAGUGUAAUGUGAUAAGCCAUUUUUUUUUUUUUUUUUUUGCUUUCUGGCAGUAAAGAAAGACUGUUGCCUCAGAUUAUGUGCUUACUCCUCUGGAUCUGUACAGAAUAACUAAUUUAUAUAUUUGUCACACUCCUGUCACUUAGCAUUAUCUAUGCUGAUUUCUCUUUCAAGCCAAUCAAGACAAACCACAGACAUGCACCUGUAGUACGACUGAUGCAAACGAGGAACGUUCAUACAUUAACUUUGGGGAUUUGGGUAGAAAAUGGACCUUUCCGUCCUCCACUACUGUGUAAAUAUUGUUGAUAAAAAACAGAGCUAUUGAUAAUGUAAGUUAAUGUAUAUAUCUCCACAGAUGUUUUCUCAUGCGUCUUACCAUUGGAUAUUGCUGUAAAAAAACAAACAAACAAAGCUUAUCUUUUAAAUGUCUAUAUAUGUCAAAAUGUUGCAUGUCAGAGGGAUGACUGUGUUUUUGUUUUUUCUGUUCAGUCGUUUGAGGAUGAGGUUUGCGAGAGCUGCAUGGACACUUGUGAGGCGAGUGAAAGCGGGUGAGGAGAGUUUCGGCGGCGGCAUGGAUCUCUAAAUGUGUAGCAGUCGAAUGGUACCGUCAUUUAAUGUGAGACAGGCUCCCGACCUGGUUCAAAGACUUUCCCGUUCAGUCCCGAACUGGAAGCGUAUGCUGUUGGCAGUGUUUUCCAGGGAUUGUGAAACCACAUGACAUGUAUAUGUGUGACUUGAUAUAUCUUUGCUCUAUAAAGAUUAAUAUAAAGAAUGCUAUGAAUCCUC